AUGUCCGCCUCGAUCCCGCAAUCUCCGUCAGCCAUGUGGCUUCUCAACACCGACUCUCUGAAUCUCGAAUUUUUCAGCGCUGAAGAGUGCACCUUCGAUGACAUGACCAAAACUCCAAUUUCAAACGUAGACAGUCCAGCACGAAAGAAACAAGGCUUUCCCAAAGUCCAGGGUGCUUGCAGAUUAGCUGCGCGAGACGGCUACUCUUGGAUUUGGAUCGACAGCUGUUGCAUCGACAAGUCGAGUUCGGCAGAGUUACAAGGAGCCAUCAAGUCCAUGUGGAAUUACUAUGCACAAUCGAACAUUUGCUACGUGUACAUGUGGUUCACUCGCGGUUGGACAUUACAGGAGUUGCUUGCGCCUACUUGCGUCGAGUUUUAUACAGAGGAUUGGUCAUCUAUAGGUACGAAGUUUGAGGGGCAUGAGGAGAUUGCGGAGAUAAUGAGGAUUGACCCGGAUGUUCUCGUUCAGACCCAAAAUAUUGAUCUAUUCAGCGCUGCGCAGAGGCUUUCAUGGGCGGCACAUUGGAAAGUCACCCGAGAAGAAGACGAGGCAUAUUCACUUCUAGGUCUAUUCGAUGUUAAUAUGCCGCUACUUUACGGAGAAGGCCGGGAGAAAGCCUUCAUCAGGAUCCAGGAAGCAAUUUAUAAUUCUACAGCCGAUCACACGUUGUUCUUGUUUCGCUACAGCACGCAUCAGGAUGACCAGCCCUUAUUAGCGGACUCGCCAACACGCUUCUGUGAGAGGAAAGAUUGUACAUCCUGUGUAGCGGACGUCGUCCGGUGUUUACCUUCGGAUAAGCUGUACACCGACUUUAUUGCAACUGAGAGGUGGUAUACCCAAGCCCACGAACAAAUCAUGACGACCGUCACAACCUUUCGAAAUGAGAUUUCUACCACGCUUCCACUGCUGGACUAUCAAGCCGUUUCCGACAAGCUAAAGUUCUUCACCGAAAACGAAUCGCAUACCGGAGUAACGCACGUGGCGGUUCUUAACCAUGCGUUGAACAAACACAUGAAAGGCGCUUUGUGUCUACUAUUACGUCGAGGCCCAUCCUUAGAGGUUUUCCAUCGUAUCAAAGCUUUCCCUGCCUUCCUGCCCCACUUGGGAGACCUCGCAUCGGCGGUGCAGAAAACCAAGAUCCUUAUCUGUCCUGGCCCAGGUGCUUUAGGGCAGAACAGUCUCGUCAGCACCAUCUUCUCCGUCGAGGAAUCGUUCCUUGUUCGGGCUUGGAGUGCUACAGGCGGUGCACAGAACUCAAUACUACCCGUACCCGGGCGACAAAACACGGACUUCGAGAUCGAAACUGACAUUCAGACGAGCAAGUCCGAGAUUUCGAAGCGUGCGGCGCACAUAUCGUGCGUGAUCGUCGAUCCGCAUGAUUCAAGCUUGGUCGUUUCUGUGCGACUAAUAUGGAUUGACAAGACGUGGUCGAUUAGGGAAGUGUUUGAGACGAAGGAGGGAAAACGGCCACGUAAACAGCGCGCCUUGUUUCUUUCAACUGUUCUGGCUGAUCGAUGUUCCGUUCGACUUUCGAGUGGAACGAGGAUAUCGGUUGGGCUGAGACGCCUGCCAGCGGCUUGCCGUGCCCGGAGCGAUGACACAGUAUCGCGAUAUAGGUAUCAGAUUAUUGUUAGACGCCUGUAA